AUGCAAAUUAUAAGUAUUUCAGAGGAGAAAAAGAUGUAUAACACAGCAGAAGACGUGAAAAGUCUGGUAGAGGACAUCCGCAAGAGUGCAGAGACGCUGAGAGGGAUAGAUUUGAGCGAAAACUCGUUCUCGCCGGAAGCACUGAAAGAAGUUCUGGUUGAGCUAAGCAAAGCAAAGGAGAUUGAAGUUGUCAUAUUCAAAGGCAUUUUCACACAGAGAGUGAAAGAGCAGGUGAAUGCCAGCUUGAGUAGCAUUGUGGAGCAUCUUCUGCCGCUUAAAAAAAUAGCAUACUUUGACAUUUCAGACAACGCACUUUCGCUCUACGGAAUGGAGAUCCUUGUGCCACUGGUGGAGAAAAUGCACAAAGUAAAACAUUUGGUGAUGAACAACAACGGGAUAGGAAUUGAUGGAGGAGAGUUUCUCUCCCAGGCGCUGGAGAACCUUGCAAAAGAGAGCACAGAGCUGCAGUCUCUUGAGGUCGGAAGAAACAGGCUGGAAGAGUCCGCCACCAAGCUGGGAAAAGCCCUGUCGCACUUCCCACACUUUGAUGCGCUUAAAAUAUACCAAAACAGCAUCAGCAGCGUGAACAUGGGCGAUCUUUUCAACUCGCUAUCAGGACAGAGUAUGCGGGUGCUGGAUGUCUCAGACAACUUCCUGCUGGAGUAUGGAUCUACAGUGCUCUCCACUGUCAUUGCAAACUGGCCAAUAGAGUAUCUAAAUGUCGCAGACUGCAUGAUGUCGGACAAAGGAGUGGAAAUAUUUGCACAGGCAAUUCCAACGGUCACACUGCUGCAGGGCGAGCUGAUUCCAGAGAAAGAGAUAGAUCUUUCGUACAACGACAUAACAGAAGAGUCUCUGAAGAGCGUUGCAGAGGUUCUAAGAAAGAUGCCCUCUACAAAGUUUAUUCUAACGGGAAACGAACUGGCAAAAAAAGACAUCGAGUAUAUUAAAAUGGUAGCUGAGGAGACAACGUGCGAAAUAGAGUUUGAAGAAGAAGAGGAAGACGAGCUUAUUUUCUCGUCAGAAGAAAAGGAAAAGAUAAUUUCAGAAGAGGAGGUAAUACAGAAGAUAGAAGAAAAGAUUUCUGAAAUAACCAUACAGAAAACAUAA